AUGACUACCGCGCCUCUAUCCGGUCAUCCUAAUGGAAGCUUGGCCAACACCCGAGGAGCCAUCCCUCUCAAUGAAGCGUUUGAGCGUCUCCGCUGGUCAGUCUUUGAGGACAUCUCCAACAUUCUCGUUCUCGACGAACCAAAGACUCCCGGUCGGAAGCCUGGCCUGUCACCCUUUGGAGGCCACGCGAUCGCAUCGGAACCAGCUUCCGAGAUUCCUCUCACCAAGAUAGCCUUCAGCAUCGACGAGCUCAACCAGUUCGCAGCUCUUGAAACAGGCUUCAGCGAUGAAGAGUUCGACGAGCCUGGGUUUGAGGAGAAUCGUCGCUAUCAGCGACCAGAGCCCUUACUUGUUACCAGAGCAGAUGGCGGUAUUGUUACAGUUGCAGACGUCGUCCAGCAACUAUCAGGGUACUUUCUCACUCACAAGGAAGACAUACUUAAGGUGAAAGCCUAUGUGAAUGGGCACACGAGCGACCACGGGGCGGACGACGAGCAAGCUGUCACUACUACCCUGGGCGAAGAUCGGGGUACAUCUCCCGGCACGAGAGUCUUCUUCGAAGGAUUUUUUGGUAUCAUAGAGCCCACCAUGGAGUCGCUUCCCGUACUACUGUGGACCGAAUGGGAUGGCUCAUUUUCAUUGGAUGACAGACUGCUACAGCAAGCAUUUUAG